AUGAAAGUUGGCUAUUAUGCUGUUGCUCGAGGUCGUUGCACUGGCGUCUACAAAACUUGGCCUGAAUGUGAAAGACAAGUGAGAGGAUAUCAAAAUGCUAGGUAUAAAAAGUUUGCUGCACAAAGUGAUGCGCUCGCUUUCAUUUUAAGAAAUAGCACCACUGGCCAUACAGGAACUGGAAAAAGCUCGCAAUGUGAAUUGCCUUCAAUGAAAGGAUUGCAGAAAUUACCAUCCUCGCAGUCAAUUUCUCAAGAACAGAAUAUAUGGGAAGGAGUUCCUGUUGUGUACACAGAUGGUGCUUGUUUCUCCAAUGGUCGUGCUGGAGCUGUUGUUGGAAUUGGAGUUUAUUGGGGCGAACGACAUGUUGAUAACAUUUCUGAACCACUCCUUGGACCACCUACGAAUAAUAGGGCCGAAUUUACAGCAGUUAUAAGGGCUAUACAAACGGCAAUCCAACGAAAGUAUCAGCAGCUUAUUGUUCGUACAGAUUCCAACCUUCUAAUUCAAACGAUGAAUUCAUGGAUUCAUGGCUGGCGAAAGAACAGUUGGAAAACAUCAAAUGGAUCAGAUGUUAAGAAUCAAGAUCUCAUUAUUCAGUUGGAUGACUUGCUCAAAAACAUAAAUGUACGUUUUGAACAUGUUGCUGGGCAUACAGGAAUAUUUGGAAACGAAAAAGCAGACCAAUUCGCCCGAGAAGGAGCACUUCGUUGCCGUUAA